AAACUAGUUGCCUCCAGUCCUCCACCACACACCCCCACCCUACACAAAAUUUCCUUUAUAACCAACCCACACACCCCAUUCCAACUUCCCCCCUCUCCCUCAAACCCUAAUCCCCUUUCUCAAUAUGACUUUCUCCACCGAACAACCCUCCUCCAAUUUCACCCUAACCCAAUCCAUAUACGAAGCAGCCUUAAUCCUCGCACUUCUCAGAUGGAUCCUAUGUUUCCUUUUCAAAACAAUCAAAAACAGAAACACACCCCAACAACAAAAACAUCAACAAUGUUGUCAAAUGUUACCGUUAACAAGCUUUGGCGAAAUCAUAGAAAGACAUCCGGAGACAGAAGAUUCUAGUACUACUACAUGUGCUGUUUGUUUGAACAAAAUGAAAAUGGAAGAUGAGGUUAGAGAGUUGAUGAACUGUUGCCAUGUGUUUCAUAGAGAAUGUAUUGAUAAAUGGUUGGAACAUGGGUACGAGAAUAAUGAUAGUUGGAAUCAGACUUGUCCGCUUUGUAGAGCUCCUUUGAUUAGUGCCGAGGCGGUAUCUUCGGAGGUUUUGAGGGAUUGUGUUUCUCCUAAUCAACCUAGUUGGGCUGUUGAGAGACUUCUUUAUCUCUUUGGUGAUGAUCUUUUGCCUUGUUAAUUGGUGAUUAGUUGGUGAUUAUUGUAAGAUGAUGGUAGAUUAGGGAAAUUCAUUAUUUGUUGGGUCUUGUUCUUCAUAAAUUUCUUAGCUCAAGAAAAUUAUUCUCUUUUGUUGGUAGUAGAUAUGUUAAGACACAAAAUUUGUAUGUAUAGUUUAUGAUUAUGUUUGUAUCUAUGUACUAUAUGUAUAUCUUGUUCACAUUUGAUCAUAUAUAAAAUAUUACUACUUC